CGGGCUCGAUGUUCCAUGUCACAGAGGAUAUUCGGUCUGAAUGAUAUCGUGUCGUGUGUGUCACAGACUUUAUAUUUUGUUUAUUUUAAUUAAGACAUGAUUCUAAGGCAACCGAUUUGUCAGCUAUGCAGACAUAAUGGUGUCAAUCUCUUGUCACUUUCUUCUGUACGCGAAACAAGCAGAAGAAACAUUUCUGUGGACUUUCAAGGGAGACCACAAUUCAGAGAAAAAUCCGAAAUCGAAAAAUUCCGAUGGAUGAGGGACAAUUUUCCAAAGGUUUUCACAAAGAUAGAUUUAUCUGUCCGGGAAACUCUUACGUGUGUGACAAAAUUCCUGUAUAUCACGGUGAAUUUAACUAUUUUUGGAAAUUCGACAGUGAGAGAAAACUUGAAGAUUGGGUUGUAACCUCAGAUUCAGACAAUAAGCAGGGGUUUACCCGAGCUUUCCUGGCUCUGAGUCGGAACAAAAGGGCACUGUUUUACGGGAACUUGUGUACUGAUGUUCCCAAGGAUGGAGAGCUGACACGAGCAGGAUACUGUCAACUAAGGAGUCCUGUCAACCCUUCAGCCAGUCAAACCUAUAACUGGUCUGAUUUUACCCAUCUAGUGAUACGCAUGAGGGGUGAUGGGCGAACAUACGGGCUGGGCUUACAGAAAAACUAUAAGAGGACUCACCGCUUAGACUUUACCAUGGGUCUGACUGCGAAUGACCAGUUCCACUAUCCCAUGUUUACUCGAGGAGGUCCAUACUGGCAGACAGUCAAGAUUCCAUUCAGUAAGUUUUACUUGAGUCACAAGGGAAUAGUGCAGGAUAAACAGGCUCCAGUCGAAACCUCAGAGAUAGGAUUCUUCUGUAUCAAUCUGAUGGACAAUGUGGAUGGACCGUUCCACCUGGAAAUUGACUAUAUAGCUCUUCUGAACGAUCAGAAUCACAAAGAGGAGCACGCUUACGAGCGCUACAGCCUGGAGGACCACGUGGUCAACGUUUACUGACGUCCACAGAUUCACUGUGUGGUGUUCUUUACUUAUAAUAUACCAGUGGGGGUGUUUAUUCUCAGUGACAUAAACUGGUCAUAAAAUGUCAGUCUUACUGCUUUUAUUUACUAACAUCAGCUGUGUGGAAUAUGGAUAUAUUUGUAAUUUAUAUUUGCAAUCCCCAAUCUGUUGCUGAAUUUACUUUUCACAAACAAAUUGCAUGUAUAUUACAUGUACUACAUAUCAUGUAUAGUGUUAAGCCAUUACUAAUGACAAAUAAUAAGAAUUUGUCAAAGUAACGAACUAAAUAUACCCAAAUCAAUGAGAUUGAGACAUUAAAUAUUUUGACACUCUACUGUAUGUGAUGCACAAGCCUACUGGUACCUGUGUAUUGUUGUUACCAGUAAUGAAAUCUAUAGACAAAGUGCCAGAAGUGAAAUCAAUGUCAACUAUAUUAACAGUCCACAAUUAUGUCUUUCUGCUUCUUACAUAAACCAAAAUCAGAUCGUAUAAUGUAAAUAUUUGCAGAGUUGUUGCCUUUCUCAGUGAGAUAAAUAAAAACAAGAUGCAUUUUAUAUCAUGGAAAUAAA